CAUUCCACAGAUUUUUCCUUUUCCAGUUUGGGAGAAUGGAGACCUUUCUAUUUACAUCUGAGUCUGUGAACGAGGGUCACCCUGACAAGCUCUGUGACCAGAUCUCUGAUGCAGUUCUUGAUGCUUGCCUUGCCCAAGAUCCUGAUAGCAAGGUUGCUUGUGAGACCUGCACCAAGACUAACAUGGUUAUGGUUUUUGGAGAGAUUACAACCAAGGCCGAUGUUGACUACGAGAAGAUAGUCCGAGAUACUUGUCGUUCAAUUGGGUUCAUCUCGGAUGAUGUGGGCCUUGAUGCUGAUAACUGUAAGGUCCUUGUCAACAUUGAGCAACAGAGCCCUGAUAUUGCCCAAGGUGUUCAUGGACAUUUCACUAAGCGACCCGAGGACAUUGGUGCUGGUGACCAAGGCCACAUGUUUGGCUAUGCCACAGAUGAGACCCCAGAGCUCAUGCCCCUUAGUCAUGUCCUUGCAACGAAGCUUGGCGCUCGCCUCACUGAGGUGAGGAAGAAUGGUACCUGCCCAUGGUUGAGACCUGACGGUAAAACCCAAGUUACUGUAGAGUACUAUAAUGAUAAGGGUGCCAUGGUCCCUGUUCGAGUCCACACAGUUCUCAUCUCUACUCAGCACGAUGAAACCGUGACGAACGAUGAGAUUGCAGCUGACCUUAAGGAGCAUGUGAUCAAGCCGGUCAUCCCCGAGAAGUACCUUGAUGAGAAGACCAUCUUCCACCUCAAUCCCUCUGGCCGCUUCGUCAUCGGUGGACCACACGGAGAUGCAGGUCUUACCGGUCGUAAGAUCAUCAUUGACACUUACGGUGGAUGGGGAGCUCAUGGGGGAGGCGCUUUCUCCGGAAAGGACCCAACCAAAGUGGACAGAAGUGGUGCUUACAUUGUUAGGCAGGCAGCGAAGAGCAUUGUAGCCAGUGGCCUUGCUCGGAGAGCAAUUGUUCAGGUCUCUUAUGCCAUUGGUGUGCCUGAGCCAUUGUCAGUCUUUGUCGACACGUAUGGAACUGGGAAGAUACCCGACAAGGAGAUUCUGAAGAUCGUGAAGGAGAACUUCGACUUCAGACCCGGAAUGAUCACCAUCAACCUGGACUUGAAGAGAGGUGGGAAUGGCAGAUUCUUGAAGACAGCCGCAUAUGGACACUUCGGAAGGGAUGACCCAGAUUUCACCUGGGAAGUUGUGAAGCCCCUCAAAUGGGAGAAGCCUCAAUCUUGAGAUGUGGGUUGCUCUGCUCUGUUGAGAACGGCCAUGGAAAUUGGGAAGCCGAGCUUUGUUACUACUGGAUGAAUAAUGUGUGUGCUGCCCUUAUACAAUCUAAGGUAGUAGCUGCUAAUGUUCUAUCUCUUUGUUACUUUUUUUUCUUUUAUUUUUGCCCUUUCUUUUGUUGUUGGUUAUUUUACGUUGAUGAUGUAUCCUUUUUGUACCAGUUGUUAUAAUAUGAAAGGGGAUUCUUUCCAAGUUCAAA